CGCCGCCGAGGCCCCGGGCCCCAGACCCCGGCGGCGGCGGCGGCGGCCGGGAUAGUAGGACGAGGGCCAGCGGCCUGAGGACUCUGCCGCCACCCAUCCUGGGCCUUCGCGGGCCUCGACGGCCCUACAGCCCAACUUUUCCCCUCCCCCUCCCCUUCCCGAAACUCCGGCAACAAAGAAAAGUAGUCGGAGAAGGAGCGGCGACGCCGGGUCGCCCGUUCGUCCUCUCCAGGUUAGGCGGGGUGCAGUUAUGGCCGCCCAGGUAAUGGGACAGUCUUCUGGAGGAGGAGGAGGAGGAGGACUAUUCACCAACAGUAACAACAUUGGCAUGGCCUUGCCUAAUGACAUGUAUGACUUGCAUGACCUCUCUAAAGCUGAACUGGCCGCGCCUCAGCUUAUCAUGUUGGCAAAUGUAGCUUUGACUGGCGAAGUAAAUGGCAGCUGCUGUGAUUACUUGGUUGGUGAAGAAAGACAAAUGGCAGAAUUGAUGCCUGUCGGGGAUAAUAACUUUUCAGACAGUGAUGCAGAAGUACUUGAAGACUCUCCUGAAAUAAAAGGUGAACCUAAUGGACUGGAGAAUAUGGACCUGGAAAGUUUGGAACUCAAUGUUGUAGAACCUCAACCUGUAUUUGAGGUGACUGCUGCCCCAGAAGUUUAUAAUGCAAAUAAAGAUCUUCCUACUGAAACACCUGGAACAGAGGACAAGUGCAAGAACUUGAAGACCAAACCUUUUCGCUGUAAGCCAUGCCAAUAUGAAGCAGAAUCUGAAGAACAGUUUGUGCAUCACAUCAGAGUUCACAGUGCCAAGAAAUUUUUUGUGGAAGAAAGUGCAGAGAAACAAGCAAAGGCAAGGGAAUUGGGCUCUUCCAGUGCAGAAGAGGGAGAUUUCUCCAAGGGCCCUAUUCGUUGUGACCGCUGUGGUUACAAUACCAACCGAUAUGAUCACUACACUGCGCAUCUGAAACACCACACCAGAGCUGGGGAUAAUGAGCGAGUCUACAAGUGCAUUAUUUGCACGUAUACCACAGUAAGCGAGUAUCACUGGAGGAAACACUUGAGAAACCAUUUUCCUAGGAAAGUCUACACAUGUGGAAAAUGCAACUAUUUUUCAGACCGAAAAAACAAUUAUGUUCAGCAUGUUCGAACUCAUACAGGAGAACGCCCAUAUAAAUGUGAACUUUGUCCUUACUCAAGUUCUCAGAAGACUCAUUUAACUAGACACAUGCGUACUCAUUCAGGUGAGAAGCCAUUUAAAUGUGAUCAGUGCAGUUACGUGGCCUCUAAUCAACAUGAAGUCACCCGCCAUGCAAGACAGGUUCACAAUGGGCCUAAACCUCUUAACUGCCCAUACUGUGACUACAAAACGGCAGAUAGAAGUAACUUCAAAAAACAUGUAGAGCUACAUGUGAAUCCCCGGCAGUUCAAUUGCCCUGUGUGUGACUAUGCAGCUUCCAAGAAGUGUAAUCUGCAGUAUCAUUUCAAAUCUAAGCAUCCUACGUGUCCUAAUAAAACUAUGGAUGUUUCAAAAGUGAAACUAAAAAAAACAAAAAAGAGGGAGGCUGACUCACCUGAUAACAAUACUGCCAAUGAAAAAAUAGAGACAGAGAAGACAAAAACAAAGGGAGAGGUGGCUGGAAAGAAAUCUGAGAAGCCUGUCAGAGUAGAGAGAAAAGAUAAUGCUUCAAAAGAGAAAAAGUCUUGCAGUGUCUCAGUUGUCCAAGUGACUACCAGAACUCGCAAAUCAGCAACAGAGACUAAAGAGAUGGAUGUGCAUGUAGGCAAUAAUUCAGAAAAAUCCUGUAAAACCAAGAAAAGCAAAAGGAAGAUGGAAACUGAAGCGCCAUCCUUGAAUGAUCUUGUAAAUGAUGAAGAACCUGUGAUUAAAAAGAAAAAGAAGGUGGAAAGCAGAUCCAAAAUCAGUCAGGAAGUGCCAAAGGGUGGUGACAACAAAGUAGAGGAAAAUAGAAAGCAAAAGCCAUGCACGAAAAAAAGUACAAAGAAGAAAACUCUAAAAAAUAAUAAAUCAAGUAAGAAAAGCAGCAAGCCAUCUCAGAUAGAGCCUGCUCAGAAGGGACCUUGCCAGAAGAAGCCUGCUAAAAAGGGGCCUGCUCAGGUAGGACUGGCUCAGAAGCAGCAGCAAGAGUCUCCUUCUGUGGAUCCUCCUCCCAUGGAAUUGCCCCCUCCUCAGACGGAGCAGCCUCCUCCUCAGAUAGAGCCCCCUCCUCUUCAGAUAGAGCCCCCUCCUCCUCAGACGGAGCAGCCUCCUCCUCAGACGCAGCAGCAGCUUCCUCCUCAGACGGAGCAGCCUCCUCCUCAGACGGAGCAGCCUCCUCCUCAGACGGAGCAGCCUCCUCCUCAGACGCAGCAGCCUCCUCCUCAGACGCAGCAGCCUUCUCCUCAGAUAGAAACCCCUCCUCCUCAGAUGGAACCUAGUCCUCAGAUGGAGCUGAUUCCCAAAAAGUCUCCUCCCACAAAAGAUGAUAAUAAGGAAAUGGCUGACAUGCAGAGUGAACUGGCACGGAAGGAGCAAAUCCUUAUUGAAGUUGGCUUAGUGCCUGUUAACAAAGAUAGCCAGGUUCUAAAGAAAAGUACAAACACACAGGAACUCAUACCAUCAUCACCAGUGCUGCCAAAGGAAAAUGUAGAGGAAGCAGUAUCAAAAGACCAAAAAUUAUUCUCUGUGGAGGAAGGAGUCAAUAAAAACGACCCUGUUCAGAAAGUGGGAGAAGAGGUAGACAAAAGUGUAGCUGGUCUUGCUGCUAGUACUGAGCAGUCUACCAGUGUUUCAUCUUCUGAUCAAAACUUAAAAAUGUCCAAGGGUGAAAUUUUAGAUGGGAAGCAUCAGGCUGACACUAUGCUUUCUGAAAUGGAAACUGACACUGAUCAGAACACAGGAGAGAAUCUCUCUAGUGAAGACUUAGCAAUGGAACCAAUUUUACCACUGCUUCUCUCUACACCAACAGAAAAAUGUGAAGCGGUGUCCAAAACUGCUCUGGCAUCACCUCCUGUUACCACAACAGUAAAUGAGUCUCAGGAAAUAGACGAGGAUGAAGGCAUUCACAGUCAUGAUGGAAGCGACCUAAGUGACAACAUGUCAGAGGGUAGUGAUGAUUCUGGAUUAAAUGGGGCUCGACUGGUUUCACAAGAAAGUAAUAGAGAAAGUGUAAAGGAAGCCUUAGCAGUCAAAGUGGCGGAGGGAGAUUUCGUUUGCAUUUUUUGUGAUCGUUCUUUUAGAAAGGAACAAGAUUACAGCAAACACCUAAAUCGCCAUCCGGUUAACGUAUACUUCCUUGAGAAAGCCGCUAAAGGGCAGGAGUAA